AUGAAGUUCUAUCUCUUUUUACUUCCGGUGGUUCUGCAUGCUCUUCUUAUCCAUACGGCUGCUUUGCCGCCCUUGUCGCGUCGUGUUUGCCAGUCUUCCUUGAGAGAUUGCCCCGAGGGAAUUAUUAUUGUCUCCAAAUCCCAUCCUAGAGCCCACUUCUCUACCGCUCUGGCCGCAAUUGAGUCUCUGCCCAAUGAUGAGAGCAAGCAGAUCAUCCUUAUUCAGGCAGGUAGUUACACGGAGCAGUUGAAUGUCACUCGCACCGGUCCCAUCACUCUACUUGGCCAGACGGACAGCGCUAAUCAUGACAACACCGGGAAGAGUGUGGACAACGUCUUCUCGAGUGUGCUUGUGGUUGCACCCACGCUCGUGGCCAGCUAUACGGGCUCGGGUCCGACGGGAUAUCCGGUGCCGGAGGAUACGCCGUUCGGCAAUGUCGACUUCAGGGUCUAUAAUAUUGACUUUAGAAACACAUGGGCAGAUUACUCUGAUGGGCCUGCGCAUGCUUCCAGCCUCAGCCGAGCUAACGGUGGCUUCUAUUCCUACCAGGAUACUGUGUACGUCGGCAAGCUAGGAAACGCCUAUUUCUAUAAGAACAUCAUCGCAGGACAGACUGACUUCUUGUAUGGGUUUGUUACCGCCUGGGUCCAAUCGUCGGACGUCCUUCUACGCAACUGCGGUGGAGGUAUCACGGCUACGGCGUGUACAUCGUACUCGACCGUCAAUGCGGCAAAUGCCUCCAUUGCCCCAACCAUCGCCGGCAAGUGUGCGCUUGGCCGGCCAUGGAAUAGCCUGCAUCGGUCUAUCUUUGCCAACGGCUACGAAGACGGCAGCAUCCAGCCUAGCGGAUACAUUGACUGGGUUGUCUCGGGCGUAAGCCGGUUCAGCAAUGACACGGUCAUGGCUGAAUACAAGGCCUUUGGCCCCCGGAGUCAACGCCACGGGCCGCAAAGAAGGCGGCGUUGCGAUCGUGCUCGAUACGAAGAAGUACAAGCGCUACAGCUCACCCAAGAGGGUAUUCCAGACGCCAGAUGGCAAGCCCGGAAACAUAGACUGGAUUGA